CAUGAACUUGUUCAACUUUUGAAGACGUCGCCUCCUCUGAUCCAUAAUGUCUCGCAUUCUCCGUAUCUCCAUAUCAUGAUUCUCGCUCCUCGUCUCCUCGUAUCCCGUUGCUUUCGCUAUGUACCGUUGUACUAAUAUGUCAAGAUGGUUGCGUCGGUUGCUCGAGUGGUGCCCAGGGUCGUUCUUGCUGCUCGUAGAGGUGGUCGUGGCUGCAGCUCGGCAACGAUGCAUUGGUGUGUUGCGAUCUCAAAUGCAUCUGCUAUUUUGGUGCUCACAACGCGCCACAGGUGUCUGGUCCUUGGGCAAAAACGUGCGCUAUGGCCUCGAGUACUGUAUGCUCUGAAUGUUGGGUGUGUUCGUAUGCUUUGCUCUCUACUAGAGCAUGUGCAUUGUACUUCAUUACAGUUCCGUGGAGGACAAUUAAUUGAUUAUUUGCAGCAUGGCGCUCGGCCACGUCAGCCGCUUCGUGUCUGCUAUUGUCAGCCAACGAGCAGACCCUGCAUGUCGCCAUCGCCGACCCGUCUGGAACGCCAUGGAUUCGGGGGCUCAUGCACGACCGCACCUGGGAAACGCUGAACGGCUUCUAUGCCCGAUGUUGCCCCAAGCCGCAGCGAGCUCUGAAAUUCUCAGCGCGGAAGCGCAAUAUAUCAGGAGAAUCUGACUAGGCCAUAUGCUUGUUAAGCGCGAAGAAUGUGACACUGUCUCAAUACUGUCCGCUAGUUCAUUUCAAAACUGCCCCUUACGGCCG